GCAAUCAGAUGGUCGAAAAGUGCUUCGCUCUAGUAUAAGAGAAUUUCUUUGUAGUGAGGCCAUGUUCCAUCUGGGAAUUCCAACAACACGAGGUGGAACUUGUGUAACUUCAGAUUCUAAAGUCAUUAGAGAUGUGUUCUAUGAUGGACAUCCAACGUAUGAAAAAUGCACUGUCAUCCUUCGUAUUGCUCCUACAUUUUUAAGAUUUGGAUCCUUUGAGAUCUUUAAACCUAUGGAUGAGUAUACAGGUCGAAAGGGACCUAGUUGCGGUAGAAAUGAUAUUCGAAUUCAAAUGCUUGACUAUGUCAUUGGGACAUUUUAUCCAGAUAUUCAGAAGGCGCAUUUCCAAAACUCAGUCCUGCGAAAUGCUGCUUUCUUCAGAGAGUUAACCAAGAGGACAGCCAGGCUUGUUGCUGAGUGGCAGUGUGUUGGAUUUUGUCAUGGUGUACUAAAUACAGACAAUAUGAGCAUUGUAGGGCUCACCAUUGACUAUGGACCAUUUGGCUUCAUGGACAGGUUUGAUCCGGAUUAUAUAUGUAAUGGUUCUGAUAAUAGAGGCCGUUAUGCAUACAACCGUCAACCUGAAAUCUGUAAAUGGAAUUUGAGUAAACUGGCUGAAGCUUUGGUUCCUGAGCUGCCCCUGGAGGACAGUCAGUCUAUCAUAGAAGAGGAAUAUAACAAAGAGUUCGAGCAACACUAUCUGCAAAAAAUGAGAAAGAAAUUGGGACUUCUGCGAUGUGAGAAGGCAGAGGAUAAAGAGUUAGUUUCUGAGCUGUUGCAUGUUUUCCAGAUAACGGGAGCUGAUUUUACAAACACUUUCCGUUUGUUGAGUGAGUUUCCAGUUCCUGGCAUUUCCACCCAUUUUACACUGGAAGAAUUUCUUGAAAAGCAGAUUGCACAAUGUGCAUCACUGGAAGAGCUAAAACUGGCUUCCAAACCAAGAAUGGAUCCACGGCAGCUGUCCAUGUUGCUGGCACUGUCCCAGACCAAUUCACAGCUCUUUGAUCUGCUUGGCAACAAAGAUGAAAUUACUAGAGAAUUGAAUCGCAUAGAAUUAUUCUCUGAGUUGGAAGAGAUGACAAAUGAAGAACUACUAAGCAAACAGCGGAAGGCAUGGACAGACUGGCUACAAAAGUACAGGUCUCGUUUGGAGAAUGAAGCAAAAGAUGUUGAUGAUACUGCUGAUCUAAAUACUGAACGUGUGAAGGUGAUGAAUUCAAACAACCCAAAAUUUAUUCUGAGAAAUUACAUUGCACAGAAUGCAAUCACUGCUGCAGAGAAUGGAGACUUCUCAGAGGUUAGACAAGUUCUAAAGCUCUUGGAGCAUCCAUACAAUGAAGAACCCUGUGUGGAUGACAUAGUUCAAGAAGCACCAGUAGAGGCUGCAACAACAAGUGGUGAUUCAUUAAGUAAUGACAGAAUGCCUUACCACAGUAAACCACCUGACUGGGCAAGGAAACUUUUAGUUACCUGAUCUUCGUAAACACCUUGUUUUGGUUUCUGGUUAAAAGAAGCCAAACCAAGGUAAAAAUUUGAGUGCUACUAUUUCCUCACAACAGAUGUGUUAUGGAGAUCUCUCAUUGCGAAGAGCAGCACCAGGUAUUCUGAAUUCUGCACACCCCAUUGUGAUUUGAUGAAAUUAUGAAUUAAGAUUAUGAAACAAUAGCUGAAAUGAUGCAAAAAGAGAAAAUGUGCAAAUAAGUUAGUAUAAUAACAACAAAUGCUUGCCUGAUUGCUAUCUUUAUACUUUAAAACAUUGUUAAAGAGAGAUGUUAGGGCUUGAUACUGAUUAUUGUGGAAUUAUCUUUGCUAACAGAUAAAAUAAUGGAAAGGUGAUAUACUACUAAAUGUGAUAUACUACUUCCCUAACAAACUUAAACAAUAUGCUUAGAAGUGGCUAUGCUAAUACAGAUUGACUGGCUUUAUAUCCCCUUUUUGUUUAUUAAAAAAGGGUUACUUUAAUGAAAAUAACAGAUCAUUUCUUAGAUGUGCACUUUGUUUUGGCACAGCUGGCAGAAAGCAGACCAGCAAUUUUGCUGUACUUGAUUCAGUCUUUAAGAAUGAAGAUAGCUGACAUAUAUGCCUGUAUGAAUAGGUGUGGCCUUUUUAAGUAUGAAAACAGUCAGACAAUCACAAGUGGUUGACAAUGUAUUUGUAAACAAGUGCAGUUUAGUAGUGCUGCUGGUGUAAAUGACAUUUAAUCCAUUCAAGUGUACAUCAAAAGAUUUAACUUGCCAGAGAUGAACUAACAAAGGCAACUUAUUCAUGAGAAGGCUGCUUUACUUACUGGACCUGUGCUAGUAGUUUCUUAGAAGUUAAUUCUUAAUUUAAAAUAAUUAAACAAUGUUAAAAUGGAAUUAUUGAAACAAUGCUGUAAUGGGGUUUGAUUACCAGAUAUUGGUGCUGCUCUGUGAAGUUUGAAAUGUAAGAUCUCCAGAUAAAAUCUGUUAAAAUGAAUACAAAAAUAUCAACUCCAGCAUAUUGAGCUAUUUUUGUAUGAUGUGGAAACUGUUGCACGAAAUGUUAACGCACAGUUUAAGCUUUUAUCGUUUGAAUAAUCAUUUGCACUACACUUUCUUGAGGAAUAAUUUUGUACAUCCAUUGUUUUGAACCAGUUUCUUACUAGUAAAAGAUUGAAUGAAAAUCUGAUGGAUUUUAAAAUGUAUAUAAAUUGGCAAUGUGUUCUGUUUCUUGCAAUGCAACAAUAAAUAAUUAUUAAGAUGAA